CAUGCUCGUCCUUUUACCGCCUUUCUUGGCGCUGGCGCCUCCCGUCACAAGCGAGAACGCAAGAAGCUUGAAUGCCGAGAUGAACAUGCUGCAGUAGAAAUCGCGACGAGCUUUGCGGUUGAUGCGCCGGACUAUCGCCCUUGGCAACACGAUCCCCACAUGUGGCAGUUAACGGUCGGAAAGGUCAGGACAAAAAUCGCGCAGCGCCAACAGCUUGAUCGAUACCGGAGACGCCCCGAGGAAAACAAAAUACAGUGUCGGCACCUGGCAGAAAUUUUCUACUCUACGACCGCGACGACUGGCGAUGGAGAAAGCGCGAUCUCUACGCGAAAAGAAUGGGCGAGCGAGACAUUGAAUUUGAAACUUUGUACCCGUG